UCGUCUUCACAAGGAAAUCGCAGAGAAAAAAAAAAAAAAACAACUAACAAAAAAAAUCCCCAAAUUGUGUUACCGGAAAUUAGGGUUUUCACGAUGUCGUCCGGGAAGCCGAAGCAAGGCGACACACGAUUGGUGGUUGCUGCUACGACGGCGUCGGCAUUGAUGGAAGCGAAGAAAGCUGAUCACGGAGGAUCUACAUCUAUCGUUGAGUAUAAACCGCCGGUGAUGCUUGAAGAUGAAGAAGAUCUAGAAGUAAAGCUCAGACGAAUCCUUGAGAAUGUUCCUGUUCGUGUUAGCAAUACUUCUGGGAGUUCCGCUGGUUCUGGCUCCGGCGAUUUUCACCAGUACCGACAAAUGAGACGAAGAGAACAAGAUCGACUCACAAGGAUGGAUAUUGACUAUAACAAGCGGUUAAAAAUGGCCGAGUUUACUAUAAGAAGGGAAGAGAAACUGAAAGCCGCAGAGGAAAAAACGUCAAAGAAGCGUUUGAAACGCCAAAAGAAGAAGCAGAAGAAGCAAGAGAAGAAGAUAAAACCAAACACUACUACUACUGAGGAACAAGAAAAACAACCUCGAGCAGAUGAAGAAGAAGAAAAAUCAUCUGACGACGGUGGCGACGAAGAAGAAGAAGAGUCUUUGGUCGAACCUUUGCGUCCGAUGUUUAAUAUCAAGUUUCAAGAGAACAGUUCAUAGAUUUAUAUUGUGUAACAUGAAUCCAAAACUAUCUCUUUGCAAGAUGAGUUUCUCUAUUUGCGUUUGUUUUUAACAGUGUAUGGUUAAAAAGAAAUGGAGCAGGUUUAAAUCACGAUUGAAAAGAAA